AUGCCUACUCUUUCAGUAGUCAACUUCAACAUUGUCUGCGCUACUCUCGGAGGCUUCAUUACCCUCUUUGGCUUGGUAUCGUACCUGCUCAAAGAAAAGUACUACUUGUCCGAGGCUCUAAUUUCUCUGGUCGGAGGCGUCGUCUUCUCACCACAUGCAGCCAACCUCGUCCGUCCACUUGAUUAUGCUCAAGGAAACGAGGAAGACCUCGAGACAAUAACGCUCUACUUCACUAGAUUGGUCUUGGGUGUGCAGUUGGUUCUGGCCGGCGUUCAGCUACCUAGCAAAUAUCUCAAGCAAGAAUGGAGACCUCUGUCGUUGCUUCUAGGCCCAGGCAUGUGUGUCAUGUGGAUAGUGACCAGCCUGCUGGUUUGGGCCUUGGUACCUGAUAUCAGCAUUCUAUUCGCGCUCGCUGUGGGAGCUUGUGUCACCCCUACUGAUCCAGUGCUGAGUAACAGUAUUGUCAAAGGCAAAUUCGCCGACAAGAACAUUCCUAGAGAACUUCAAAGGAUCAUCAUCGCCGAGUCUGGGGCGAAUGACGGUCUUGGAUAUCCCUUCUUGUUUUUACCAUUGUACCUGAUCAAGUAUCUUGGUCAUCCUGAACUGGCAGGUCACCAUGGUGCCUCGAGAGCGAUCGGUCUGUGGUUUGGUGAGACCUGGGGCUAUACAAUCCUUCUCAGUGUCGUUUACGGGGCAGUCGUUGGAUAUCUUGCAAAAGAACUUCUCCACUGGGCAGAAGAGAAGAGAUAUGUGGAUAGGGAAAGCUUCCUUGUCUUCGCCAUAACUCUUGCUCUCUUCAUCGUUGGCACUGUGGGCAUGAUUGGCUCUGACGAUGUGCUCGCUUGCUUCAUUGCUGGCAACGUUUUCACCUGGGACGACUGGUUUCGCUUGGAGACCCUCGAUGACUCUCUGCAACCGACCAUUGACAUGCUGCUCAACGUCUCGAUCUUCAUAUGGUUUGGAGCGGUCACGCCAUGGAACAAGUUUGUGCACAACGAUGUUAUCCCGAUCUACCGACUCAUACCACUGGGUAUAUUGGUCUUGCUCCUUCGCCGACUCCCCAUCGUCUACGCUAUGCACAAGAAGAUUCACCAGAUUGAAGAGACGCGCCAGGCGCUCGUUGUCGGCUUCUUCGGCCCCAUUGGUGUUAGUGCAGUUUUCUACCUGUACAUCAGUCGUGAAUUUCUCCGCGGCAUCAAGCGAGAUGGCGUUGUUCGAGACGAUGCAGAACACUUGUCGGAAAUUAUGCUGGUUGUGAUUUGGUUCUUGGCCAUCUGCAGCAUCGUUGUGCAUGGUAUCAGCAUCCCUCUUGGGAAACUUGGAUUCUAUCUUCCACGGACUAUCUCGGCCGCGGUUUCAACUGAACGCAUCUCUCGUAGAUCGACGGACGAGCCUACACCGAUCGGCGAGGAAACCAUGUCUGGGAGUUCAGCUCUGGCCAGUCGAUUCCGUCGCUACAAAGAAGACACGGGUAGCAGUUCAUCGCUACCCCGUUCGUUCUAUCGCAUAGGCAGAAGUGUGGUCUCGGACCUGCGCCGAGGACAUCAGCAGACCAAGAACGCUUCAGCACCGUCAAACGACACUACCAACUGGAACAUCUCUGAGCCCUCGAAUCCUCGCCCUCUUGGUAAAAUAAUCGCCAAAGACAUUGACCGCGAGUCUCCACUUGGCGCUACCCCUACAGCAGACCGCGCCGGCGCCGUCACGCCCGCCGGCUCGCACUCACCUGCACCUCUGAACAGGACAAUCCGGUUUCCGGAUGAGAACCCGAGUGUUGCCAACCUGUCCUAA